UUGUACUUUCAAUCCUGUAGAAUUUCGAGUGUAUACAUACACACAUACAUAUAACAUAUAUAUAUAUGUGUGUAUAUAUUUUCUUACUUAUUCGGAUUUGUGAUCAUUGGGCGGCAAUGAGGAAGAACUGUAAUUUCGAUAAUUUCAGUCCUUUUCCAUUCUUCAGGACUAAUUCUUUGACGGUACCAGUUGAUCUCCUAAAUAUUCCAUUAAUGGACCUUAUGCCAUAUUCGACUUAUAUAGACAAUAUUCAACAUGAGGUUAUCAUAUAUUUCAAUGGACGGACUUUGGUUUGCGACAUGAUUGAACUCCAGGCUAGAUCCAUAAUAUUAUUUGCAAGUCGAGAAAUGAAAGGAAGGAAAAAUUUAAAAGGCUCGGACUUGGAAUUAUCUACUUGUUUGCAAUCUCAAAUAUAUGGAUCUCCAAGUCUCUCCAUGAAGAGAUCUCUAGAGAGAUUCCUCCAAAAGAGAAGGCAAAGGAGCAGAGCAUCAUCCCCAUAUAACCAAUAGGCCUCAAAAUCUAUUUUCCAAAUGGGGCUCAAUCAUGUUACAAAGCUUAACAAGAAAUAUUAGGUUAUGUAGCUUCAGUGAAAUGCAUAAAUGUGUUAAUUUUUAUUCAUUUGGUUUCAUGUAAUUUUAAGCCCCUUGUUAAUUUGGAAGGAAUUGGAGGAGGUAAAAUUGGACUAGGGAACUUAAAUUUUGUUUCCAAGCAAUUUACUUUUCCUGAAUUAUCUAUUAGGUCACAUAUUGGAUGUAAGAUUUUAAUGGAGUUAAUUAGAUAUCUUUGGUAUUGGACCACCGUCGCAAAUAAAAAGAAAAAGAUGAAUA